AUGUUGCUGCCGCGGCUAUCCACGCUCUUGGGCCUUGCUGGCCUUAUGGCCGUGCCUGCAGUCAAUGCCUACGACGGCGAUGAGAAUGUUAAGAGCAUUCCGCUACGAACUCACAGUCUCUCUGCCCCCUACUUGGAUUCAGACUUCCAAAGCCGCUGGUUCGAUUUUGGUGGAGAUACUGUGAUUCGUGCCGACAAAUACGUUCGUCUCACAGCAGACCGGCCGUCACAGCAAGGAUGGAUCUUCUCUCGCGUUCCUCUGACCGCAACGAACUGGGAGAUCGAGUUUGAAUUCCAGAUCCAAGGAGAGGGAAACCUGCACGGCGAUGGAUUCGCCAUGUGGCUCACCAAGCAGCGCGCGACACAAGGUCCCGUCUUCGGCUCAACAGAUAACUUCGAGGGCCUGGGAAUUUUCUUCGACACCUACAAGAACAACCGCCCCGGCACAUCUUUCCCCUACGUCAUGGCCAUGAUGGGCGAUGGCAAGACCAGCUACGACCAAGCGCACGACGGCAAGGCCAAUGAACUGGCCGGAUGCUCUGCUCGCGGUCUCCGCACAACCUCCGUCCCCACAAAAGCACGCUUGACCUACUUCCAGGACAAGUCGCUCACGCUCGACCUGCAAUACAAGUCCGAAGGCACCUGGACCAACUGCUUCACGCUCACCAGCCCCGAAACAAACAUCGCCAUCCCCUCCGUCGCAUACCUCGGCUUCUCCGCCGAGACUGGCGAGCUUAGCGACAACCACGACAUCAUCUCCGUCAAGGCCCAGAACCUGUACAAUGUCGCCGGCUCGAAGGGUACUAGCGGUAGCGGGCCCCCUCGCAGCGCCGACCGUCCUCAGCGCAAAUUCAAGAAGCAGUCUGGUAGCUGGUCGUGGUUCUUGUUUAAGGUCUUCUUCUUUAUUGCGGCUAUUGGCGGUGGCUAUGUUGGGUGGACUGCGUAUCGGUCUAGGACGAGGUACUCCAGGUUUUGA